GCGCGCUCCCAUAUACGUCUCGGGCACGCGCGCGCUGCCAAGGCACCGGAAGUGACUGAGCUCGCAAGUUCCCCCGGCCUCUUUCAAGGGAAACUGAGGCCGGGUCCGCCUGGAAUCAAACUCCGGCAGAGAAGGCCAGUCAGAACCAGCAUUUUUGCCCUGAAUCUCAGAAGAGAAUUGUCAAGCAGAUCCCAGACCCAGAGAGCAGGUGCUUUGGACAAUGAACUGGAUCAGCCCAUUCCUGAUGUAAAAAUGUCUCACAGCAACCGGGAGCUGGUGGUUGACUUUCUUUCUUACAAGCUCUCACAGAAAGGAUACAGUUGGAGUCAAUUUGAAGAUGAGAAUAGGACUGAGGCCCCAGAAGGGACAGAAAUACCUAGUACUGUGAAUGGCAGCCCCUCUUGGCACCCUGCUGACAGCCAUGCAGUGAGUGGGGCCACAGGACACAGCAGCAGCCUGGAUGCCCAUGAGACAAUACCGGUGGCUGCUGUGAAGCAAGCUUUGAGGGAGGCAGGAGAUGAAUUUGAACUCCGGUACCGAAGGGCCUUCAGUGACCUGACAUCCCAGCUCCACAUCACUCCAGGGACGGCUUAUCAGAGCUUUGAGCAGGUAGUGAAUGAACUCUUUCGGGAUGGGGUGAACUGGGGCCGAAUUGUGGCAUUCUUCUCCUUCGGAGGGGCAUUGUGUGUGGAAAGCGUGGAUAAGGAGAUGGAAGUCUUGGUAGGACGAAUCACCUCCUGGAUGGCCACUUACUUGGAUGACCACCUAGACCCUUGGAUCCAAGAAAAUGGCGGUUGGGACACCUUCGUGGAGCUUUAUGGGAACGAUGCAGCUGCAGAGAGCCGGAAGGGCCAGGAACGCUUCAACCGAUGGCUGCUGACUGGCAUGACAGUGGCUGGUGUAGUCCUGCUGGGGUCCCUGUUCAGCCGGAAGUGACCAUGCACUGAAUCUGCCUUGGAACCUCUCUGAUCCACCCACUCCAACCCAUCUUGGCCUGUACUCUGUCCUGACACAGAGGAAAUCUACUACAUGCAGCUGAUGUCUAUCACAUGGGGCUAAACCUGGCCUUCUUCUAUGGUCCUAAUCCCCUCCCCACCUCCAAGGUCCCUAGUAGUAUGCAGUCUGAGACCCUUUGGGCCCUUUUUCUGUUCAAUUUCUAAGUCCUCCAAAAAGAAAAAAACAAAAACAUGCAACUUCUUGAACCUCUACCACACUGGGAGUGCUGGCUCCCUGGUCAUGACUUCUCUCCUUCCUCAGACUUCAUAUAACUGGGCCCUUCCCUGAACGUGACCAAAUCAAGAAGGAUCAAAAAAAGCCCCCAAAACCCCAAACUUAUGAAAACACCCAUAGAAUUUUCCAGGGGGGAAAAAUAAUAAAUCAACUUCAUUUUUA